AUGACUGUGCCCAAAGUCAAGUCUCGCGCCCAGCUCCGUAGCCAGAAGAAGUCGCGUAGAACCAGCAAGAAGCACCACGUCGAGAAGCCGAAAGCAAAACAAACAAACAGCGAUGCGCAGAGCCCUACAAAAGCACCAAAAGUGUACACGUCUUCUGCUGAAUCCAACGACCCGAUCUAUGACGACAAUAGCAACCCCGUUGAUGAUAACGGAUCGUCCUUCGCCAGGCGCCAUGUUCUAACUACUGACGAUCAAGAGUCUGCCGGCGCCUUCAAAAGCGGUCUCCGAACCGUACUAAUACGUGACAGAGCCCCUGUUACCACGGACGGUUCAGAAGCAGUCCGUAGCGCUACGGAUGAGCAAGAUCACGAGACGAGCGGUACCUGCGAGAGCGAUAAUCGAAAUGAAUCAGGCGAUGAUGGUAUCUCUGCUAUCCCGUGCGGUUCUGGCGCGCCAACGGAAUUUGAAGAUGAGGAUGACGACCCGCCUGCCUCUCUUCUAAACCUGGCGCCUAUUUGGUAUCCUCAGCCAGACUGGUCUUGGCCGGAAACCCGGCCAGCGGCAACGGAAACUACAUUAGGUGACUCUCCUGUCGCUGAACUUGCUACAGCGGGCCCUUCUCAAUUAUUGUACUCCAGUGGUAGCCAUCACUACAUCAACUUUGGCUCAGGUAUCAUCGUCUCGCCCAUGCACAACGAUGUCAACAAUGUACCACCGCCCGUCUCGAUCAUAUCCUGGAUUAGAGAGGAUCGCGACUCUGACGCAGCGCUUCCAUUGCCUUCCCAACCCCACCUUGAAUUGAGAUAUCUCAUCCCUGCGACCUUUGACAAGCGGAUGAGACUGAACUAUCAUUCCAACAUUCAUCCCGCGCCCCAACAUGACUCUGUCGGCAAGGUCGCGACCCAUGAAGACGCAUCCCCCACGAACAACGUACAGCGCGGCUUCGUCGUAGCAAAUCGGCCUGCUUCAGCCCCAUCUCCACCACGCCGCGACAUUGAUCAUUACAGCAGUCUGCUAGCUCGUGACGACACCAACUGGGCGGAGUGGAACAAGUUGAAUAUUACUGCAGACGCCAUGCCUUUCACACGGUCGCAGUCGGACACCCAGUUCCUGCAUCCUCAGACCGGAGCGAAGAUGGCACGGGCAAACGGUCACCUGACCAAGAGCCAGACUGGUCAUGCUUUCCUAGAAGAUGCCGGCCACCGGUAUCCGUUUGGCCAGGGACCGGGCUGGUAG